CCCGGCCCGGCGCCCCCCGCAGCCCCGGGCGCCGCGCGUCGUGCCCGGCCUGCGGCCCCAGUUCCUGUGCGGCUCGCCUGGCCCGCGAUUGUCCAUCGGACCGUGCCGCCUAGCUGCCCGGCCUGCCCGCGUGUGUGUUUUGGUCUGGGCUGGCCUCCAGGCCGUUCGUCCCCGCUGGUCGGGCCAUGCCGAGUCGUCGCGUCGCUAGACCGUCCGCUGCGCCGGAGCUGGGGGCCUUGGGGUCUCCGGACCUCUCCUCGCUCUCGCUCGCCGUUUCCAGGACCACGGAGAUCAUCGACGAGUACAUCAAGGAGAAUGGCUUCGGCCUGGAGGGGGCGCAGCCGGGCCCGGGCGAGGGGCUGCCGCGCCUGGUGUCUCGCGGGGCGGCCUCCCUGAGCACCGUCACCCUGGGCCCCGCGGCGCCCGCGCCCGCGGCCACGCCGCCGCCCUGGGGCUGCCCCCUGGGCCGGCUGGUGCCCCCGGCCCCGGACCCCGGGCCGCGGCCGCACCUGAUCAUCACCGAGCAGCCCAAGCAGCGCGGCAUGCGCUUCCGCUACGAGUGCGAGGGCCGCUCGGCCGGCAGCAUCCUGGGGGAGAGCAGCACCGAGGCGAGCAAGACGCUGCCCGCCAUCGAGCUCCGGGACUGUGGAGGGCUGCGGGAGGUGGAGGUGACCGCAUGCCUGGUGUGGAAGGACUGGCCUCACCGAGUCCACCCCCACAGCCUCGUGGGGAAGGACUGCACCGAUGGCGUCUGCAGGGUGCGGCUGCGGCCUCAUGUCAGCCACCGACACAGCUUUAACAACCUGGGUAUCCAGUGUGUGAGGAAGAAGGAGAUCGAGGCUGCAAUUGAGCGGAAGAUUCAGCUGGGUAUCGACCCCUACAAUGCUGGAUCCCUGAAGAACCAUCAGGAGGUGGACAUGAAUGUCGUGAGGAUCUGCUUCCAGGCCUCAUACAGAGACCAGCAGGGACAGAUGCGCCGGAUGGACCCUGUGCUGUCUGAGCCCGUUUAUGACAAGAAGUCCACAAACACGUCAGAACUGCGGAUUUGCCGAAUCAACAAGGAGAGUGGGCCAUGCACGGGUGGCGAGGAGCUCUACCUGCUGUGUGACAAGGUGCAGAAAGAGGAUAUAUCCGUGGUGUUCAGCAGAGCCUCCUGGGAAGGCCGGGCUGACUUUUCCCAGGCUGACGUGCACCGCCAGAUUGCCAUCGUGUUCAAGACACCACCCUACGAGGACCUGGAGAUCAUUGAGCCAGUGACAGUGAACGUCUUCCUGCAGCGUCUUACUGAUGGGGUCUGCAGCGAGCCUUUGCCCUUCACGUACCUGCCUCGGGACCAUGACAGCUACGGCGUGGACAAGAAGCGGAAACGGGGGAUACCCGGUGUCCUUGGGGAGCUGAAUAGCUCUGACCCCCAUGGCAUCGAGAGCAAACGGCGGAGGAAGAAGCCAGCCUUCCUGGACCACUUCCUGCCCAGCCACAGCUCAGCAGGCCCUUUCCUCCCCCCGUCAGCCCUGCUGCCAGACACAGACUUCUUCCCUGGCACCGUGACCGUCCCUGGCCUGGAGCCCCCAGGCGGGCAGGAUCUUCUGGAGGAUAGCUUUGCCUACGAUGACGCCACAGCCCCCACGCUCUUCACCAUGCUGGACAUGCUGGCCCCGCCACCACUCGCCAGCGCUGUCGCAGGCAACGGGGCUGUAGGGGCCUCAGCUGGGGAACCUCCCGGCCCCGAGCCGCUGACGCUGGACUCAUACCAGGCCCCGGGCCUCGGGGACGGGGGCACUGCCAGCCUUGUGGGCAGCAACAUGUUUCCCAACCAGUACCGCGAGGUGGGUUUUGGGGGUGGCCUUCUGUCUCCAGGGCCUGAGGCCACGUAGCCCCCGCGGCGCUGGGUGAGGAGGGAGGUGAGGAGCCAUGCAAACUCAUCCAAGAUGUCCAGCACUCCCAUCGCCUUGGGCCGCCCUUGGUGAGUCUUCCGAUCUCCUGAUCCUUCUGAAUCGAACAUUUUCAGCGCUGACGAAAAGCUCCGUGGCGUCGCUUUCCCCUGAGCCCAUUUUACAAAUGAGAAAACUGUGUGGGGAGGAAAAGGGGCGUGGCCCCUGCGCCGGCUUGUCACAGCUGCCUCGGCUCCGCGAACAGGGGGCACCUCCAUGCAGAUUCUGAAGAAUGUACAUAUGGGAAGAGGGUGCACAUCCCCAGCCCUCCUUUCCCAGGCUUGAAGUUGGGGGUAGGUCGUUCAGUCUUCCCAAUAAAGAUUAAUUUUUGAGCCUCGG